AUGGCAGAUAAUAAAAUGUGUGCAGGUUGCCUUAGAGAUGCAGAAAACAACAGUGCAACAUCAUGGUGCAGCGAUUGUAGUGAACCGGUCUGUUUGACAUGCAGCAAAUUCCAUAAGAAAUUAGCACCACCCCAUCAAAUUGUUCCAAUCAAGAAUGUCCAAAGCAAAUGUUCGGAGAUCCUCGAUUUGUCACAAAAUUGCAGCAUUCAUCAUGAUACGAGAGUUAGUCUAUAUUGCUGUCAGCACGAUCAAAUUAUUUGCGAAACUUGUGCGUCUGUAUCUCAUCAAAGAUGCAAGUCUAUCAUUUCAGUAGAUAAGGCUUCGAAAGGUGUAAGAGAAGGCGCGGCCAUUUUAGAUCUCGAGAAAAGGCUUGGUAACUUGAUGAAGGUAUUAGAGAAGAUACUGAGCAUCCAGGUAAAUAAUGAAGACGAUAUGAAAAGAAGCAAGGACGAAAUCGAAAUCAAUAUAUCUGAGGUAAAGACAGCAAUAAUAGAACACCUAAACUAUUUAGAAGCUAAGCAAAUUAAGGACUUAAAUGAGAAAUAUUCAAAAUGUCAAACAUUAAUAGCUUAUAACACACAAGAUGCUCAAUCCACGUUAAAGUCCGCUACUACAUGGAAAAAAGACUUAGGCUCCUUUCAUCCUCAUGCAAGUGAAACACAACUGUUUCAGGCAGUAAAAUAUCUUGAUGCUAAAACUUACGAACUAGAAGGGAAAGUCCGUCAAAUUCAGAGUACAAGUUUGUGUAAACUGCAAUUUUGUGCACUACAAACUUUGACAAACAUGAAAACAAUUUUUCCAUGUUUAGGUAUAGUCUUGGUACAGAAAGCACCAGCACCCGAAACUACUGACUUAUACAUCGACCAGCAAGGGCAGGCUAUUGCUAGGUCGGAUGAUAACAAGAAACAAAUAUCUCCCGUUUCCUCUUUUCAGACGGACAUAUUUGGCAAAGAUGUAACGAUAUUCAAAGGGUGUUUUAUUCCUGAUGGGAGAUUGCUUCUUUCGUCCAUGAGUACAAACCAGCUUUUUAUAUGCAAUCUAGACGGAACAGACGCUCAAUCAAUCGAUUUAAUUUAUACCCCGCAUAGUGUAGCCCUAUAUGACAACAGUCAAGCUCUUGUCACAUCACGGGGAGGAUGUUAUAUACAAACUAUAAAUUUGACAACAUUAAAACCUGAAAAAAAGAUAUAUAUCGGGAGAAGUUGUGAAGCAGUCACUAGUUUAGAUGGGAAGAUAUGCUUAUCUACCUCUGGAAACAGUCUAACAAUGAUCAGUCUCAACGGUGUUGUCCUAAAAAAGACAGUGACAAAAUUUAAUCCAUACAAUAUUUCUAUUAAUACAGCUGGUGAUAUUUAUUGUACAGGACAAUUCGGUCACGUGUAUGUCUUACUAGCCAACAACGAAGAGCCAGUUAUAUAUAACGAGAUGAGCGGUGGAAAUGGCAUUGCUGUAGGUGAUCACAAUAGUAUCUUUGUUGCCCAAUACGAUUUAAACCUAAUCAACAAAAUAUCAAGUAACGGGGAGGUAAAUAGCGUUGAAAAUAUCUUGAAUGAAGAUGAUGGAAUAAUAUUACCUACUGCUCUCUCUUAUGACAAUGAAACAAGGCAUCUAAUGGUUGUCAAUGAUAGCAGGAACUCUAUUCUCGUUUUUAAAACAUGGUGA